UAUGCAAUGAUGAGGAAAAAGUAUUUUUCCUCGUUCGAAGAGCAAGGCUUUCUUUUUUAUUAUGUGGAUGACAGUAUUUACAUUACUAAAAGCCAAAGUCUUGCAAUGCUCUAUCUCGAUAGAAUAAUUAAGGGAAUUCCAGAAUACAACUGUUGGUUUAAUAAAUCAAAAUUGAAAAUUAACUUCGACUCUUCUUAUGUUACUAUAGAACAAUGUUUGAGCAUUGAUUUCUUGGGCUGGAAAAUCCAUUGUGAUUCGCUUGAAGUAGAGCCGACUUAUGAAGUAGCUCGUUAUUCUACAACUUACACUCGACUUUCUUAUUUGUCACUGCAAAAAAAAAUUUUAAGCAUGAUGGCUUUGAAAAUAAAGAAGUUGGUCUUGAGUAACGAAGUAAAUAGUGAAACGCGAGUAAUAAACAAUAUAAAGAUUAUUGUACUGCAACACGCGAAACGGUGUUUUUCUUGGUUUAACUGCAUAUGGAGCGAUGGAUCUGAAUUUUCGAUCAAAAAUCUUAGAAAGUCAAACAGACAGUUAAUACGCAAAAUCGAGCGUUUUACAGAUUGGGAUAAAAAUCAGAGAAAUCGCUAUCACAACCAGUUGCAGUACAUUGUUUGGACAUCUUUUAUUGAAGUCUUUAACAAGAAAAACAGUAUGUUCUUAGACCAAAUCGCAGAGUUUAAAAAACUGAUGAGAUAUUACAAAAAGAAACUCAACGCAUAA